AUGACGAAGACGCUUCGUAGUCCGGAAAUAGCCGAAGUGGAAAGCAAGAUGGAUUCCAAUACGCAAGUUGGUCCUGAUACUGAUUCAAGCUCUGAUGAGCUUAGACGUGCAAGAUUGGCAAGGGGACGUGUCCGUCUUGCGAGAGUAAGAUCUAGUCGUUCCAGGGGACAGGGUGUUCGUGCUGCUCGCCGCGGCAGAAGGCAGAUCACAGUGGACAGAAGAGAUGCGGUUGCGGCAAGAAAUAUUCAGUUGCAGGAACGCAUUCAUAAUAUGCCAGAAGAUAGCCUAAGAGAUCUUAUGUUCCAACUCUGCCAGAGGAACCCAAGUUUGGUUUUUGAUGUCCUGGAGGAGAGCAGCAGGGCCCAGGGAGGUGGACACCAUUCACCUGCUCGUGUGCAAGGACAGCCUGACUGGUGCACCUGUUCUUAUUGCAGGGAGAUGCCAACACAAGUAGAACGCGUCUGUUGUGGACAAACUGAGCAGAAUUGCUUCUCAAGACUCAGAGACUUUGAUAUAGUAGUUCUUGAUGAACUAAUUUUACAUGUUGCCCGGGCAUACAGGCAGGAAAUCUUUGCCAUUCAAGAUGACGAUGACUACAACAGAGCCAAUCGUCAUGCUGGGUACAGACAGUACACUUUGUGGCAGCAUGGGCAUCUAGGAGCUGGGCACCGCAGACCUAUCCCAAGCUGUUGUGUUUGGAAAAUCAGAGACAAGUAUCCAAAUGCUUUUGGACAGUACAGAGGUUAUGUACCCGGCAGACUAGGAUAAAUUCAACAAAUUUAUUGUAACAAUGAUUCAACUUUUGAUGUUAUUUGUUUGUAAUGAUAUAGAGAUAAUAUAAAA